UAAGGUUCUCGUUAUGACGCUUAAAACAAUUACGUUCGUUGUGUUCUUUGUACAUUUAAUCACCGUAAAAGUUAUCGGUUGCUCAAUUUCGAUUAACAAUGACUUAGGAAGUCCUCAACCUUUAAUUUUAAAAUCGACGUAUGAUGGAAAUGAACAACCGUUUUAUUUACCAUCAUCCGGAGAUCAAAUCACUUUAGAAGUCGGAGAGAUCAUAAAAAUCGCCUGUCCGGGAGGUAAAAUAAGCAUAAAUGGAUCAUUAACAAAUAACGUCGAAGAUUAUGCGAUUUGUAAUAAAGAAGGAAAAUUUGAUAUCGAUUCAAAAUCGAUUUUUUUUUCUUCAAUUACAUGUUCGUGUCUUCCCGUCCACACCGCAAGAUACACAAACAAUACCUGUUUAAAUAAUUUUACCGAAAUAGAAAUUGGGUUCGAAUUGCCACUUUCGAAGCAAUUCUUAAGACAAAUUUUGGUUUGUUUUGAUGAUGACAAAGAUAACACUUUAUUCACAUCUUUUAAUUUAACGAAAACUAUAAGUGGUUCUCAAGUAAAUUUUCCACGACCCAGUUGGGUUCAGGGAAAAUUUUAUCACGUCACCGGGGUUAACACCUUGUACUCAAGAGCAACACAAAGAAAAACUAUCAAUUCUCUUCUUGGUUUAGCUUCGUCAUCUUACAAAUACGUUGCAGAAUCGGGUGAUUUAUACCUAACGCGAGGUCAUUUAGCAGCAAAAACCGAUUUCUUAUUUGGAUCUCAACACAGAGCUACUUUUUAUUUUAUAAAUGCAGUUCCACAAUGGCAAACUUUUAACGCGGUUAAUUGGGGAAGAUUGGAAGCGAAUGUACGAGACUUUGCAACUAAUUCAGAAAAGGAUUUUGUUAUCUAUACGGGAACUUAUGGUGCAACAACUCUAAAACACGAAACGACGGGGAAUGACGUUGAGUUGUAUCUUUCGGUGAAGGGGAGUGAUAAAAGAAUUCCAAUUCCCCAAAUUAUUUGGAAAAUAGUUUACGAACCUUUAAAUAAAUCAGCGGUUGUUAUGGUUGGAGUAAAUAAUCCUUAUAGAACGCAAGAUGAUUUAGCUAAAGAUGUUAUUUGUGAGGAUGUUUCCAAUCGAAUAGCUUGGGUUACUUGGAAUACAACAAAUUUGAAGAACGGAUAUGGUUAUUGUUGUGAUUAUCAUGAUUUCAAAAAGAUUGUUUGGAAUAUCCCAGAAUUAGAGGUUAACCAAUUGUUGAUGUAAACACGAAAAUAUUAUUAUCAAAUAUGUUUUAUUAUUA